CCUCCGAGGCUACCCGUGAUCCUGAGGUCUGUUCCCGCAAGGUUUAUCCGAUGUCGGCGCCUAAGUUUCUCCGAUAAGCCGCCCCGCGUUCACGUCGCGUCUACCCAAUUCGGAUACGCGUAAAGAGCAUCAGAAAUGUGAGGGUCGUGAUAAUUCAACGAAUAAACCCAGCAAUGGAGUUGGCCGACGGCUCAAAGGCGGUCGUAGAUCCUGAAGUUCAGGCUUACGUCUCCAGUCUUGUUACAGCGCUUGGCGGCAGCGGUUCGGACGAGGAUGGACGCUAUGUGCUAGGAGAUGAUGCUCUUGCCUGUUUGCGGGAUAUAAAACGAUGGUUGAAGCUAUAUGACGAAAAGGCGAAUCGACUGGAUGUGGCACGAUGUCUCGCAGAGUUGAACUUGGUGGGCGGCGACCUGCUCCAGAUCCUGGCAGCUUGGCCCGAAAACGAAACCGACAACAAGAUAAAGUCGCGGAUAGCGCUCGCAUGCGUGGAACUUCUCGUACCGUUGACGUGGCCGUUGGAUAAGGGGGUUGAGAUGACGGUGAAUCACCAUCGCCAUAUUCCGUUCCUCCAACUCGCUCAAUUGGGCUACAAGCGCUCGAUAGUCAACUACGAUGGGGCGCGGAUUCUACAUACCGUAACCCGGGUUGCGUUACCUUCCAUGGCCGUCGCUUUGAAAGAUCGCAGCACCCGAGAUGAGAAUGUGAUCAGAAUGGUCCUCUAUCUACUACGGAAUAUCACCAUGAUAGCCCCCCCCCCGGGCGUCCAAUACGAUGGAGAUGAAAUAGAAAUCUCGCGGUCAGCAAUAAUCGACGCAUUCGAUUACCAGGAUAUUCUCCAUCUGCUUCUAGCGCUCUGCUCAUCUAUGGGGGAGGAUUUCAAUACCCAGGACGUCGUCGUUAUGGAAAUACUCUUUCAUUUAAUCAAAGGCGUAGACAUUGAAACCUUGUUCAUGAACGAGAAGCAGUUAGACAACCACAAGGACGACGAGCUGGCGAAGUUACUCACUCAGGAAGCGGGGAUGAGGAGAGCAAAUGCGAGGACAGCCCCGACAAGACACAGUAGAUUUGGCACAAUGUUGUGGGUUAAACGGGACGACGGAAAGAUGUCUACGGUCAUUGGCCAGGAUGCCCUAUUGAACACCGCCCGGAGUCUUGACAAGAUGGAUAAGAAUAAGAAGUUCAAACCGCCAACGCGCGCACCAAGGGAAGUAAAGGGGCCCAUGGAUUUUGAUGCUCCAGAGAAACUUAGCCAGCGAGCCAGCAAUAACCUCAAAACAUUCGUGAAAGAUUUCCUUGACUCAGGGUUCAAUCCGCUCUUCCAGAAUGUACGAAAGGCAAUUGAUCGACAGGCGGAGCGCAUCCUCGAAUACCACCCACGCCAGUUCUUUUACCUUGUCUCAUGGUUCCUGGAAGCCGAACGCGUGCGACGACAGUCGAAGAAGUCGCAGAAAAGUAAGAAGGCAGCAGAUAAAGACACCGAUGACAGCUUUGGGCUCGUGGCUGGCGUCCUCAACCAAGAGAUGUUUAUCACCUUGAACCGUGCAAUGGAAAAGGAUUUUGGGGAUAAAUCAUGGGACGACCUAAAAGCUUCGAUGAAAUGCUUUACGCAGAUCCUGCUGACUGUCCAAGAAAUGUCCGAGUCAAAGCUCGACGAGGACCAGGAGAUUGCAGAGAAUAUCCUGGCUCGUAUAUUUUACGAAGAAACAACACAUGAUCGGGUUGCUAAUAUCAUCCGUACUUUCAAAGAUCAGGGAUUCGGAUAUCUUGAUGCCGCUACUGAGCUGGCUCAUGUCUAUAUUCGCAUCCUCGAAAAUUACUCGAAGCAAAAUACCGACUUGCAGGUACGGUCACGGAGGCGAGUCCGCAGGAAAAAGAAGGCGGCAAUAGACGCCGGAGAGGAUGACGCGGACGACGAAAUAAUCGACGGCUCAGACAAUGAUGACGCUCAGGCGGAGCGGGUAUCUAGGGAAAGAAAAUUCGACUUCAAGCGCUUCUCGUCUAGAUUUCUGACCCAGGGUUGUAUAGACACGUUUGUCACAUUGGCGUCUUAUUACCAAGAGUUAAAACCAGAACAGAUGAAGAGGGCCCAUCGUUUUUUGUACCGUGUGGCCUUUAAGAUGGACAUGAGCAUCAUGCUCUUCAGAGUCGACAUUAUCCAUCUCCUGCACAAGAUUAUCAAAGGACCCGGAGGGCUUGAUCCAGCUUCGAAAACUUUCAAGGAAUGGGACCAGCUAGUGAGGCACAUUCUCCGGAAGUGUGUGAAGAAGAUCCAGGAACACCCCGAGCUUAUUGUCGAGAUGUUGUUUUCGAAGACAACAUACACUGCCAACUUCUUCCAGUAUGGAUAUGAGACGCAAACCAUUGAGAGCAAGGCUCGGGCGGCAGCGGAGCUGGAAGUCAAACCUGGGUUUGAGUGGGAGCAGCAGAUUGGCGUUGUUGUUGGCGCGUUGCUAGACCGUAACGAGGGUCACCUUUUAGAGUGUCUCAAAUCUCAACUAUCGUAUGCAGAGAUAGAGCGCAGAAGCUGGGAGGGGGCGAACAAGCCCAUCCAGUCCGUCGAAACCGAUGCUGGCGAAACCCCACUCGUGCCUGCAGACCCCCCUAAAGCCCCAUCAAUAGGUAAUAUACCCCCUAACAAACCAUAUAUCCAACACUUCUAACAGACACAGUUGCCAAACCCAGCGAUGCCACUUGCAAGACAGCCAUGCUUAAGAAUGGCUACCUCCGCCUUCUAAUGACGCUCGUCGGCCUUCGCCACAUCGGUGACAAAAACGACAUCGACACCCCCUGGGUUGUGCCCUCCGACCUUUCCUCCGCCCAGCUCAAAGAAGCGCUCACCCUAAUCAAGGCCGCAGAGUUUGAUCCCCCUACCUUUGAAAAUGGGUACAACGCGGAAGCGCAGAUCCGGCGCGUCUCUGCCGCCCAAAAUAGACGACGUGCAGCCUUUGACGAUGAAUCAGACAACGGCAUAGAUGAUGACGAUGCCGAAAUACUCUUCCCUGCCGGAGGACCCACACCGAUGAGUAAAUCCAAUGCCUUCGCCGCGCUGAAGAAGACGCGACGGAAGCGCCGACGCAGUGGGACCGAGGACGACGCGCUUGACGAGGAGCAAUUGGCG